AUGUCGAAGCAGCCGACUGCAGCGCUGCCGCCGUACCCUGAUAGGUUUUACAUCGCGGCUCGGUACGCGGCGAUCCCGGGGACGGUGGACAUUCCCGAGGGCGCGGGGAACUCCACUCAGUACUCCGACCUCACAUGCCUCGCGCUCUACUCGCUCUACCAGCAGGCGGUACACGGGCCAUGCAACAAGCCCAAGCCAUGGGCAUGGAACAUCGUGGAGCUCGCCAAAUGGCAAAGUUGGACAGAGCUGGGGAAGAUGGCGCCAGUAGAGGCCAUGCGGCUGUUUGUGCGAGCCCUGGAGGAGGAAGACCCGAACUGGUGGACCAACGCACAACUAAUGGAAGCAACUGACCCGCAUGCUGCAGCAGCGGCAGCGGAGGGGUACAACAGAGGCUAUCCAGAUGCCUACGCUGCUGAGGGUUUCCCUGCAAUGAACGGCGCUGCUUUCCCACGGGGUCCCCCUGUGGUGGAAGACAUGGGGGUGAUGGCAGUGCUGCGCUCACACGACUGCAUCAACAAGUGGGUCGCUGCUCCUGUCACUGGGAGAAAACCGUCAGCCAGAUAUCAGCAUGCAGCGGAGAUACUGGAUGGCAGGAUGUACGUAGUGGGGGGCAACAGAGCCAGGUUCACCAGUGACGUGCAUGUGCUGGACCUCGCCUCUCUCGCCUGGUCUAAAAUGGACCUCUCCUCGCCUGCAAACGCCCUUCCCCCCUGUGCUGGGCACAGCCUGGUCAUACUAGACGAGGUGACGCUGCUGUGCAUAGGAGGGUUCUUCAAGGAUGGUUCAGAGAAGAUGAUAGUGCGGGCAUUGGACGUGAGCACCAAGAUGUGGCGGGUGAUGAAGACGCGCGGCCAAAUACCCUGCGCAAGGGGAGGGCACAGCACGGCCAAGGUGGGGUCGACGGUGUGGGUGUUUGGAGGGGAGGACAGCAAGCGGCGGCUGCUGAACGACGUGUACAGCCUUGAUCUCACUACAUUCGUGUGGGAUAAGCUUGACACCACAGGAACGCCCCCUCUGCCCAGAGCAGGCCACACCGCCACAGUGUACAACGAGCACUAUUUGACCAUCUUUGGGGGCGGCUCGCACUCCAUGUGCUUCAACGACGUGCAUGUGCUGGAUCUAGACGCGGCCGAGUGGUCCCUAGCUGAGACGUAUGGCAAGGUGCCUUCCCCUCGUGCUGGCCUCGUGGGAGUGGCGUUUGGCAGCCUGUGGUUCAUCAUGGGGGGAGGGGACAACCACGGGGGCGUGUCUGAGACAAUGCUGCUGGAUCUUGACUCGCUGGUGUGGUCUGUGGUUACCACAUCGCUGGAGAAGACACCGCUUGCCUCAGAAGGUCUGUCGGUGGUACCUGUGGGAACAUCGCUCGGUCCUGUGCUUGUAGCGUUCGGGGGCUAUAACGGGCGGUACAAUAACGAGGUUUUCCUGUUGCUCCCCGACACUGCGGCGCUGCUUAGAGCAGCAGAGGAGGAGGAGGAAGCUGCAGCGGCCGCUACAACCGCCGCCGCUACAACCACUACAACAACUGCUGCUGCUGCUACAGAUAAUGCUGCUGCUGCUGCUGCUGCUACAGCAGGUUCAGCUUCUCAGCCCCCCACCUUAGCACCAUCUGAGAACAGCAAUUCCCAACCUGCUGACUCCGUCACUGCAUCCUCAGCUCCGGCAGCAGGUUCGGCGGCAGGUUCGGCAGCAGGUUCGGCACCUCCUCCUUCCCUUCCCUCUGGCGCUGCUGCUGCUCUUGGCCCCACUCCUUCCGCACCUGCUGCUCUCCCCCCUCCCGCACCCACCACUGGAAUUCCCCCUGCUGCUGUGGCCGCUGGGGGCAGGCAGAUAGUCCGAGCAGGAUCGGCAUCCAAUAUCAUCGGUGCCGCCCCUCCAGGUGGAAUCCCAGGUGGAAUCCCAGGUGGAAUCUCAGGUGGAAUUCCAGGUGCUGCUGCUGUUCCAGUGCCUGGGCAUGGGCCGCUGUUGCCAGCAGGAGCAGGGGCGGUGGUGGGGGUGGAGGAUGGAGGGGAGCUGUCCCCCACGUCGAGGGAUGCGGUGCUGCUGGCUCAGUUGGAAGAGGCUGAAGCAGCUGCGACCAGAGCAGAGAAGGUGGCACUCAAUGCACGGGCUGAAGCGAGCCAAACCGCCGCAGAGGCACGUGCAGAUGCAUGGGCUGCCAUUGCCAAGGCGCAGAUGGAGGUGGAUCUGCUGAAGCAGCAGCUAGCAACGGCCAUCAAGGCGAAGCAGCAAGCAGAGGACGAGAUGGCGGAGGGGCAGGCCAAGGUGGUGGCGGCCCAGGCUGCCUCCGCUAGCGCACAGGCAGAGGCAGGGCAGAUCAGGAAGGACUUGAACGACUGCAGAAUAAAGGUGCACGAGCUAGAGGCGGAGCUUGCAAAGAAGUCAGGGGCGGAUGGGGGAAUGGCGACGCUGCAAAAGGACUAUGCUGCUGUGAAGAACGCCCUGGCUGAUAUGGAACAGGAGCUGACGACAGCACGUACCACGCUAGCAGCCGAACAAGCACGGUGUUUCCGGCUGGAGGUGGAGGUGGCAGAGUAUCGGCAGCGGCUGGCCGGCAUGGCGGAUCUGGAGAGGGAGGUGGAGCUGCUUCAGAGGCAGCAGGCUGCUGCUGAUGCCAUGGCUGCUGCUGCUGCCGGCAAGGGCAAGGGCUGGUGGGGAGGGGGGAGGUGA